AUGGCUCAAAAACCUCUCAGCGAUGAUGAGAAAUUCCUCUUUGUGGACAAAAACUUCAUCAACAACCCACUUGCUCAGGCUGACUGGUCAGCAAAAAAACUGGUUUGGAUUCCAUCAGAGAAACAUGGAUUUGAAGCAGCAAGUAUCAAGGAAGAGAAAGGGGAUGAGGUGGUAGUUGAACUGGCAGAAAAUGGAAAGAAAGUGACACUGAGCAAGGAUGACAUCCAGAAGAUGAACCCUCCAAAGUUCUCCAAAGUGGAGGACAUGGCAGAGCUGACUUGCCUCAAUGAAGCUUCUGUGCUGCACAACCUAAGGGAGAGAUACUUCUCAGGUCUAAUUUAUACUUACUCGGGUCUCUUCUGUGUUGUGAUCAACCCCUACAAGCAGCUGCCCAUCUACUCAGAGAAGAUCAUUGACAUGUACAAGGGCAAGAAGAGGCACGAGAUGCCACCACACAUCUACGCCAUCGCCGACACGGCAUACAGGAGCAUGCUGCAAGAUAGAGAAGAUCAGUCUAUCCUGUGCACAGGUGAAUCUGGUGCUGGCAAGACAGAAAAUACCAAGAAGGUCAUUCAGUAUCUGGCUGUUGUUGCUUCAUCACAUAAGGGCAAAAAGGACACCAGUGUCACUGUAAGUGAGCUCUUCCAUCCCCAGCUCUCCCAGGAUGUGCUGAAGCACGAGGGUGAGCUGGAAAAACAGCUUCUCCAGGCAAACCCUAUUCUUGAAGCUUUUGGAAAUGCCAAGACUGUGAAGAAUGACAACUCCUCCAGAUUCGGCAAAUUCAUCCGCAUCAACUUCGAUGUGACGGGCUACAUUGUGGGAGCAAACAUAGAGACUUAUUUGCUUGAAAAAUCCCGUGCAAUUCGUCAGGCUAAAGAUGAAAGAACGUUUCACAUCUUUUACUAUUUGAUUGCUGGAGCUUCUGAACAAAUGAGAAAUGACUUGUUGCUGGAAGGCUUCAACAAUUACACCUUUCUAUCUAGUGGCUAUGUGCCUAUUCCUUCUCAACAAGAUGAUGAAAUGUUCCAGGAGACCUUGGAAGCCAUGAAAAUUAUGGGUUUUACUGAUGAGGAACAGACAGCUAUACUGAGGGUUGUUUCAUCUGUCCUACAACUGGGUAAUAUUGUCUUCAAGAAGGAGAGAAACACUGAUCAAGCUUCUAUGCCAGACGAUACUGCUGCACAAAAAGUGUGCCACCUGAUGGGGAUUAAUGUGACAGAUUUCACAAGAUCUAUUCUGACUCCAAGGAUCAAGGUCGGACGAGAUGUUGUCCAGAAAGCUCAGACCAAAGAGCAGGCAGACUUUGCCAUAGAAGCUUUGGCCAAGGCAAAAUUUGAGCGUCUUUUCCGUUGGAUCCUGGCUCGCGUGAACAAAGCUCUUGAUAAAACAAAAAGACAAGGAGCUUCUUUCUUGGGGAUCCUUGACAUUGCUGGAUUUGAGAUUUUUGAGAUCAAUUCCUUUGAGCAGCUGUGCAUCAACUACACUAAUGAGAAACUUCAGCAGCUUUUCAACCACACAAUGUUUAUACUGGAGCAAGAGGAAUACCAGCGAGAGGGCAUUGAAUGGAAUUUCAUUGACUUUGGCCUUGACCUGCAGCCUUGCAUCGAGCUGAUUGAAAGACCAACCAACCCUCCUGGUGUCCUGGCUCUGCUGGAUGAAGAGUGCUGGUUCCCCAAGGCUACUGACACGUCCUUUGUGGAGAAACUAAUACAAGAACAAGGCAACCAUCCCAAAUUCCAGAAGCCCAAGCAACUCAAGGACAAAACAGAGUUCUGUAUUAUGCACUAUGCAGGAAAGGUUACCUACAAUGCAACUGCCUGGCUGACAAAGAACAUGGAUCCACUAAACGACAAUGUGACUUCUCUGCUGAACCAGUCUUCAGACAAAUUUGUAGCAGACCUUUGGAAGGAUGGUAUGAAUCACGACUCUAAAUCAGAUACUUCAUAUAAACUGUUCCAUUCUUUCUUUUCUAUUUCAGUGGACCGUAUAGUUGGGCUGGACCAAAUGGCCAAGAUGAGUGAAAGCUCACUCCCCAGCGCUUCCAAAACCAAGAAAGGCAUGUUCCGUACUGUUGGACAACUCUACAAGGAGCAGCUGACCAAACUGAUGACUACCCUAAGGAAUACCAAUCCCAACUUCGUCCGCUGCAUCAUUCCAAAUCAUGAAAAAAGGUCUGGCAAACUUGACGCCCAUUUAGUUCUGGAGCAGUUGCGCUGCAAUGGUGUCUUGGAAGGGAUCCGUAUCUGCCGGCAGGGAUUCCCCAACAGAAUUGUCUUCCAGGAGUUCCGCCAGCGAUAUGAAAUUCUUGCUGCAAAUGCCAUUCCUAAAGGAUUCAUGGAUGGGAAGCAGGCUUGCAUACUCAUGAUCAAAGCACUAGAGCUUGACCCCAACUUGUACAGAAUUGGACAGAGUAAAAUCUUCUUCAGAACUGGUGUUCUGGCUCACCUGGAAGAAGAGAGAGACCUGAAGAUCACAGAUGUUAUUAUCACCUUCCAAGCUAUGUCCCGAGGCUACCUAGCAAGAAAAGCCUUUGCCAAGAGACAGCAACAGUUGACUGCAAUGAAGGUUAUCCAAAGAAAUUGUGCUGCCUACCUGAAGCUGAGGAACUGGCAGUGGUGGAGACUGUUUACUAAAGUGAAACCACUGCUGCAAGUCACCCGCCAAGAGGAAGAAAUGCAGGCCAAGGAUGAAGAACUGCAAAAAACGAAGGAAAGACAACAAAAAGCAGAGAGUGAAUUGAAGGAGCUGGAACAGAAACACUCACAGCUUGUUGAAGAGAAGAACCUCCUGGCAGAGCAGCUCCAGGCAGAAACUGAGCUGUAUGCUGAGGCUGAGGAGAUGAGAGUCCGUUUAGCUGCUAAGAAACAAGAGCUGGAAGAGAUCCUGCAUGAGAUGGAAGCCAGAAUUGAGGAGGAGGAGGAGCGCAGCCAGCAGCUGCAGGCAGAGAAGAAAAAGAUGCAACAACAAAUGCUGGACCUUGAGGAACAGCUGGAAGAAGAAGAAGCUGCAAGGCAGAAACUGCAACUUGAAAAAGUAGCAGCAGAUAGCAAGAUAAAGAAAAUGGAAGAUGAUAUUCUGAUAAUGGAAGAUCAGAAUAACAAGCUAAGCAAGGAAAGAAAACAACUUGAGGAAAGAAUAAGUGAUCUAACAACAAAUCUUGCAGAAGAAGAAGAAAAAGCCAAAAAUCUUACAAAGCUCAAGAACAAACAUGAAUCUAUGAUUUCUGAACUUGAAGUGCGGCUGAAGAAGGAAGAGAAGAGCAGACAAGAACUGGACAAAGUUAAGAGGAAGCUGGAAGGGGAGGCAAAUGACCUGCACGAACAGAUUGCAGAGCUCCAGGCACAAAUUGCUGACCUGAAGGCACAACUGGCCAAGAAGGAAGAAGAGCUGCAGGCUGCUCUGGCCAGGCUUGAAGAUGAAACUACUCAGAAGAACAAUGCCCUCAAGAAGAUCCGUGAAUUGGAAUCUGUAAUUUCUGAUCUCCAGGAAGACUUGGAGUCUGAAAAAGCUGCAAGAAACAAAGCAGAAAAGCAAAAGAGAGACCUCGGUGAAGAGCUGGAGGCUCUUAAGACAGAGCUUGAGGAUACUUUGGAUACCACAGCCACCCAGCAGGAGCUCAGAGCAAAGCGUGAGCAGGAGGUCACAGUGCUGAAGAGAGCUCUGGAGGAGGAGACUCGAACUCAUGAAGCCCAGGUCCAGGAGAUGAGGCAAAAGCACACUCAGGCUGUGGAAGAGCUCACAGAGCAGCUGGAACAAUUUAAACGGGCUAAAGCAAACUUAGAUAAGACCAAACAGUCACUGGAGAAAGACAAUGCUGAUCUGGCUAAUGAAGUCAGGAGCCUGAAUCAGGCCAAACAAGAUGUGGAGCACAAGAAGAAGAAGCUGGAAGUACAGCUGCAGGAUUUACAGUCCAAAUACACCGAGGGAGAGCGUGUUCGGACAGAACUCAAUGAAAAAGUCCAUAAAUUACAGGUGGAGGUUGAAAAUGUCACUGGUUUGCUCAAUGAAGCAGAAAGCAAAAAUAUCAAAUUGACCAAAGAUGUUGCAGCCUUAGGAUCUCAGCUACAAGAUACACAGGAGCUGCUUCAGGAAGAAACGCGGCAGAAGCUAAAUGUGUCCACCAAGCUCCGCCAGUUGGAGGAUGAGAAGAACAGCUUGCAGGAGCAGUUGGAUGAAGAAGUAGAAGCAAAACAAAAUCUGGAGAGACAUAUUUCAACACUGACAAUACAGCUCUCUGAUUCUAAGAAGAAGAUACAGGAAUUUACCACCACAGUAGAAUUCAUGGAAGAAGGUAAAAAGAAACUUCAGAAAGAAAUUGAAAGUCUCACACAACAGUUUGAGGAAAAGGCUGCUUCUUAUGACAAACUGGAAAAAACCAAGAACAGACUGCAGCAGGAGUUGGAUGACCUGGUGGUGGACUUAGACAACCAACGUCAGCUGGUCUCCAACCUGGAGAAGAAACAGAAGAAGUUUGAUCAGAUGCUAGCUGAAGAAAAGAACAUCUCCUCAAAAUAUGCAGACGAAAGGGACAGAGCAGAAGCUGAAGCUAGAGAAAAGGAAACAAAGGCUCUGUCAUUGGCUCGAGCACUUGAAGAGGCUUUGGAAGCCAAAGAAGAACUGGAGAGAACAAACAAAAUGUUGAAAGCUGAAAUGGAAGAUCUUGUUAGCUCCAAAGAUGAUGUUGGCAAGAAUGUCCAUGAAUUGGAGAAAUCUAAACGGACCCUUGAACAGCAAGUAGAAGAGAUGAAAACACAAUUAGAAGAGCUAGAGGAUGAGCUACAGGCUGCAGAAGAUGCCAAACUCAGGUUGGAAGUUAAUAUGCAGGCCCUGAAAGGCCAGUUUGAAAGAGAUUUACAAGCCAGAGAUGAACAGAAUGAGGAGAAGAAAAGACAACUCCUCAGACAGCUCCAUGAAUAUGAAACGGAACUGGAAGAUGAGCGGAAGCAACGUGCCCUGGCAGCUGCCGCCAAAAAGAAGCUGGAGAUGGAUGUUAAAGACCUGGAGAGCCAAGCUGACUCUGCUAACAAAGGCCGGGAGGAAGCCAUCAAACAACUUCGCAAAUUACAGGCUCAGAUGAAGGACUACCAACGAGAGCUGGAUGAUGCACGGGCUGCCAGAGAAGAAAUAUUUGCUACAGCCAGAGAAAACGAGAAGAAAGCAAAGAGUCUGGAAGCAGAACUCAUGCAGCUUCAGGAGGAUCUGGCUGCUGCAGAAAGAGCUCGCAAACAAGCAGACCAGGAGAAAGAAGAGAUGGCAGAGGAACUUGCAAGUGCUGCCUCUGGAAGGACAAGCCUUCAGGAUGAGAAACGGCGCCUGGAGGCAAGAAUUGCCCAACUGGAGGAAGAGCUGGAAGAGGAGCAAAGCAACAUAGAGGCAAUGGGUGACCGCAUGAGGAAAGCAGUACAGCAGGCAGAGCAGCUGAACAAUGAGCUGGCAACAGAGCGCUCAACUGCACAGAAGAAUGAAAACGCUCGGCAGCAACUGGAGAGGCAGAACAAAGAGCUAAAGAGUAAGCUGCAGGAGAUGGAAGGAGCUGUGAAAAACAAAUUCAAAGCCACAAUUGCUGCUCUGGAGGCCAAAAUUGCUUCUCUCGAAGAGCAAUUGGAACAGGAAGCCAGAGAGAAGCAGGCAGCGGCCAAGACGCUGCGCCAGAAGGACAAGAAGCUGAAGGAUGCACUGCUGCAGGUGGAGGAUGAGAGGAAGCAAGCAGAGCAGUACAAAGAUCAGGCUGAGAAGGGCAACACACGGCUCAAGCAGCUGAAAAGGCAGCUGGAGGAGGCUGAGGAAGAGUCCCAGCGCAUCAACGCAAACCGCAGGAAGCUGCAGAGGGAGCUGGAUGAAGCUACUGAGAGCAAUGAAGCCCUGGGUCGUGAGGUUGCAGCACUAAAGAGCAAACUCAGGAGGGGAAAUGAGCCAGCAUCUUUUGCCCCACCCCGUAGAUCUGGAGGCAGAAGAAUAAUUGAAAAUGCAACAGAUGGAGGUGAUGACGAAAUGGAUGCAAGAGAUGGAGAUUUCAAUGGAACAAAAGCCAGUGAAUAAACACGCUUUAAAAAUUGCACUGCAGCAAGGAAAGGGAGGGAGGAUGAUAUUUAGCACUGUGUAAGUCUACUCUUAGUGUCAAGGUCACAUACACCCACUCCUCUGACAGAUAAAAGCACAACUGCCUUGUCUCCAAUGUAUAGAUUGACGCUAAAAGUACUCCAAAACUUUU